GAACUGCCUGUCUGGAAAGUGCGCUCCGGGAGAGCUGACCCGCGGCGCGCCUGCGGACAAGCGGAGAAGGUGGGAGCUUCAGCGAGUCACUUUUCCUAGAGACUGGGUGCUAGGCCCGACUAAGAGCACACGGGAGAGUGAGUCUCCGUGGGUGACUGAAAUACUGAGAAGACCAGCGUGGUGGCUGAGGGAGCCCCCGCUGGGUGGGCGGCGCGCGGCCUCUUCCGGUUUCGGAGGAGUUCGGGGCCUCUUGUCUCCGGCCGGUGCGUGCAGCCGUGGCUCCCGGACCCGGAAGGGGCGGCGGCAGACCGGCAACAGCUGCGAAGAAUCUUACUCUCCACGUGCUGCUCGGGCCUCCUGCUCGGUCUGUGGCUCUGAGCUCGGACUUUGGCUACAGCCUGAAGCUCUCUCCGACCGGCCUCUCAGGACGUGCUUCGGACGCACCCACACCAAGAUGAGGCGGCAAGCAGAGGCUACCAAGAGAAAGCACCAAGUGUCCAGCGAUGCUCCACCAGCAAAACGGAGGAAUGAAAUAUCCUCUCUUUCAGCCAAGAAAGCCAGCAAUAAAGAAACUCAGAGAGCAUUUAAAGGGAGCGCACACAAACCAUUUCCUCCCAAGAAGCAUUUGGACAGUAUAGGCAAUGAAAGGCAGGAGGGGAAGCCGUGCGUUAAGACUUCGUCGCUGUUUAAAAACAAUCCCGAGAUCCCAGAACUCCACAGAACAGUGGUGAAGCAGGCUCGAGAGCAAGUGUUCUCUCCAGAAGCUUUCCAGGAGCUGGACCUCCACCCACAUCUAAUUUCCACAAUAAAUACAGUUUUAAAAAUGUCCAGUAUGACCAGUGUCCAGAAGCAGAGUAUCCCAGUGCUGCUGGAAGGCAGAGAUGCCCUUGUGCGCUCGCAGACGGGCUCAGGUAAAACUCUUGCCUAUUGCAUCCCUGUGGUCCAGUCUCUUCAAGCGCUGACAUCAAAAAUACAGCGUAGUGACGGCCCCUACGCUUUGGUCCUAGUGCCCACCAGAGAGCUGGCUCUGCAGAGCUUUGACACUGUUCAGAAGCUGCUUAAGCCAUUUACCUGGAUUGUUCCUGGAGUGUUGAUGGGCGGAGAGAAGAGGAAAUCAGAAAAGGCCAGACUCCGCAAAGGCAUAAAUAUCCUCAUCUCAACUCCUGGCCGGUUAGUGGAUCAUAUAAAAUCCACAAAGAACAUUCACUUUAACCGAGUACGGUGGCUGGUUGUGGAUGAAGCAGACAGGAUCUUGGAUUUGGGCUUUGAGAAGGAUGUCACCGUGAUUCUGAAUGCUGUAAAUGCUGAGUGUCAGAGGCGGCAGAAUGUCCUCCUGUCGGCGACACUCACGGAAGGUGUAACUCGGCUGGCUGAUAUCAGUUUGCACAAUCCAGUCAGUAUCUCUGUCCUGGACAAAAGUUGGGACCAGCCCAAUCCUAAGGAAGUUGCUAGUAUCCACCUGGACAGCUUUGCCAUACCAGAGAGUCUCGACCAGUAUGUGGUGUUGGUUCCCAGCAAGCUGCGCCUUGUCUGCCUUGCAGCCUUCAUCCUGAAGAAGUGCAAGUUUGAGAAGGACCAGAAGAUGAUUGUCUUUUUCUCAAGUUGCGAGCUGGUAGAGUUCCACUACAACCUUUUCCUUCACACCCUGCUUUGCCACUCCGGGACCCCUCCUUCAGAGAAGCUGCCAUCUGCCUCCUGGCCACUGAAAUUCCUUCGGCUGCAUGGCAACAUGAAGCAGGAGGAAAGAACUUCUGUGUUUCAUGAGUUCUUACAUUCUGGAACUGGAGUCCUACUCUGCACAGAUGUUGCAUCUCGAGGCUUGGAUCUCCCACAAGUCACCUGGAUUGUUCAGUACAGCGCUCCGUCUUCACCUGCAGAGUACAUUCACCGCAUUGGAAGGACUGCCCGGAUCGGCUGUCAUGGGAGCAGCCUGCUCAUUUUGGCUCCUUCGGAGGCAGAGUAUGUCAACUCGUUGGCUUCUCACAAAAUCAAUGUCUCUGAGAUUAAGAUGGAAGGUAUUUUGGCUGUCCUGGCAAAGGAUGAUUGUUUUAAAAGGAGACAAAGGGGAGCCCAGAGAUCCCAUGCCACUGGCUCCCAGGAAAUCCGAGAGCGAGCCACGGUGUUGCAGACAGUGUUUGAAGAUUAUGUGCACUCCAGUCAGAGGAUGGUCUCCUGGGCAAAGAAAGCCCUGCAGUCCUUCAUCCGAGCCUAUGCCACCUACCCCAAGGAGCUGAAGUCUAUCUUCCAUGUCCGGUCCCUACACCUUGGCCAUGUGGCUAAGAGUUUCGGACUAAGAGAUGCUCCUAGAAACCUCGGUGUCUCUGCUGUGAGAAAGGCAAACUUUAAAAGGCCUGACCCUCGGAGGAAGACCCAGAGGAAGCACCACCUUGUGCCUGCUGAAGUCCUGCACUCGGAACACUCCAGUGGGCUGGAGGGCAAUGGCACGAAGGGCAGAAAGCAAGGCCUUCGGGUGGCACUCAGCAAGCCUGGGCCACGGAGAUAAUGAAGCUGCUUUUGCAUCCGGAAGCUGCUGCCAGCCAGCAAGCUUCUCUGGGCUGUGUUUUAAUUUCUACAGGACCAGGUCAGGGUGGAUCCAACAUGGCCUCUCAGCUUUAGAUUGAUGUCCUGUUAUUAGUGAAGAUUCUGAACAAUGACUGGCACCUCUCCCUGAAUACAGACUCACAAGAGCACAGACCCUCACCUGUUGGGGGAGGAGCCCUGAUGAGACCAAGUAGGCGGGGCCAGUGCUAGACAGAUACCCACCUUUGGCCAGUGAGAUCGCGCUCAUGGACAGCAAGCAUCCUGUGUCAGCCUGGAGGAGUGUAGCUCCUGGCAAGCUUGCCAGAUUAAGCAGCCACAUGUGUAUUGCAUGAGUGCUGUAAGAUAAAAGAUGUUAAAAACAGGAAUUGAACUUUGUACAGAAGGAUAAAGUAAUUAUUGAAUAGUUAUUUUCUUAGUCCACAUGUUCUGUUAGGAAGGGCCGAGGGCUUUUACUUUAGGUCAAAAGCCUGGCUGUGUUGGAGCAGCGCCUCUGUCAACGCUGUAAGCGCAGCACAGCACCAUGCGUGUUGCCUCCCUUCAUGUCCACAGAGGACUCUCUUUUCUCUGGGCUAAUUGAUUUACUGGUGCCUUUUUAUUAUUUGCCUUUGAAAUCAAAAGGCACCAGCACCCGAUCUUGCCUUUUACCCUGGGGAAGCCUCACUGCUCUUCAAUGUCUGAGGUCUUUGUGUGUGACCUAGACCCAGAACCCACACACCAUUGUGCUUCUGGGAGGUUUGAAAGAGGACCCCUGGAGCGUAUUGAUUUCUCAAUAAAUGUAAGAUUUGGGCACUACAGAGGACUCAGGAGAGAAAGGGUUAAAGCUCAGCGUGCUCUAUUCAGACACCAUUCUGUGUCUGCUUUCCUCUGGGUUACUGUGUGCCCAGCCCACCCAGGCCCUCUGAAGCCAGCCCUAGGGCAAGUGCUGUGGUACCACUCUGCUCCUCCUGAGAGCUGGCAGGGUGGACACUGUGGCAGGGAGAGGAGGAAGGUCGGGGAACACCCACACUAGGAAAAAAAAUGCUAUGGAUGGGGAUCAUGGCGGUGCCAGGGUUGGCAGUCACAGAAUUGGGAAAGCCUGUUGGUGAGAUUCAGGAGAAUGUGAAGCUGCAGCAGGUGUGGGGCUGACUGCACAAAUCGGCCACCUUUCUUUGGAUUUGUAGUGACGUACAUGAUUCUGAUGGGAAACAAGGGAUCAAACUAUGAAGAUUGACCGAGCUGUGAGGAAACAGGAUUAGUGCCUGUAAACAGGGAUGGACACGUAAAAA